AUGCUAUCGCUAAGUUAUCAAUCGCUAGACGACUUCACUGGUCUUUCUGCCGUCAGGGAAGCAGUUGCCCGUGGUGACACGGGGCUCCUGAUCCAUGAUCUCCCUCCCUUGAUACGAGAGCUACCUUUCAAGGACAUUCCUCAAGGUUACAAAGCACAAAAGAACGAUGAUGCCAAUGCGGCGGCCGUCGUCUUGAUGAAAACAUUGCAUGGAUUCUCGCAUUCUGUCUUCAAGACACUCAGCCACGUGGCCGAGUUGCCAUGGGAAAAAUAUCUUGGUGAGAUGCAUGAAUUCCUGGCUCCGGGUAAAGAUGAACUUCGAAUUGUCUCACCUGAUCAGCCCGUGGCGAAUGAGUGGUCGACCUUGAGCAUCACAUUAAAUACGUCUUGUCCAGAGAAAGCUUUGGUUACUUUCGGGACUGCUUUGUCCGUUUUUACUCAAGGAAUGACACCAGAGCCUCCUGGAUCGUCUAUUGAUCUUAUGGAGCUGUCUAAUUCAAGCGCUUGGCCCCAGGGAGAUUGGGUUGUUUACUAUGUGCGACCCAACAAUGGUGUGUUUUAUACUCGAACAGCUGGUGCCCUUAUGACGCCAUUGAGUACAGAAGAUUAUGAUCAGAGGAAGAGGGUUCAGGAUUUGAAGCUGGUGUAA